AUGAACGACGCCGACGUUUCGAAGCAGAUCCAGCAGAUGGUCCGCUUCAUCCGCCAGGAAGCGGAGGAGAAGGCCAACGAGAUCUCCGUCUCCGCCGAGGAGGAGUUCAAUAUCGAGAAGUUGCAGCUGGUCGAGGCCGAGAAGAAAAAGAUCAGGCAGGAAUAUGAGCGCAAGGAGAAGCAAGUCCAAGUCCGCAAAAAAAUCGAGUACUCGAUGCAACUGAAUACUUCUAGAAUCAAGGUCCUUCAAGCACAGGAUGAUUUGGUAAAUUCCAUGAAGGAGGCAGCAUCGAAGGAGCUUUUGAAUGUCAGCCGUGACCAUAACAACUAUAGGAACCUUCUGAAGGAUCUCAUAAUUCAGAGUUUAUUGAGGCUGAAGGAGCCAUCUGUGUUAUUGAGGUGUCGUAAAGAGGAUGUUAAUUUGGUGGAGUCCGUUUUAGAUUCAGCAAAGGAUGAAUAUGCGCAGAAGGCCCAAGUUCAUCCACCAGAGAUCAUAGUUGAUAAUGUUCACCUCCCGCCUGCCCCCUCGGGUCGCAAUUCGCACGGUCCUUUUUGCUCGGGCGGUGUGGUCUUGGCUUCUAGGGAUGGGAAGAUUGUGUUUGAGAACACUCUUGAUGCUAGAUUGGAUGUUGCCUUCCGUAAAAAGUUGCCCGAGAUACGCAAGAGUCUUUUCGGUCAGGUUGCUGUGUGA